AUGCGUCUCGCCAGCACCCUGCUGAGUGCGCUGGCGGCUUCUCCAGCUCUCGGACACGCAGUCAACAAAGCCCGAGCCAGAGGAGCCGACCUGUCCAAAGCACCUGGGUACAAGCUGGAAAAGGUCGCGACGACCUCUAGCGGGCUUACUGGAUCGUUGACAUUGACUGGACGGGCUCUGAAUGCCUAUGGUGCGGACAUCAAGCAGCUGGACCUGCUAGUAGAGUACCAGUCGCCCAAUCGUCUGCAUGUCCAUAUCUCCGAUACGGCCAAGAAGCAAUUUCAGAUCCCCUCCUCGACCUUCCCUCGUCCUCCAACCUCGACCGCCGCGCCGUCAGACUCGGACCUCGAAUUCCACAGCACCGACUCUGCCUUCUCCUUCUGGAUCACCCGCCGCUCCACCUCCGAGGUCAUCUUUGACACACGCAACCACCCCUUCGUCUUCUCGGACCAGCUUCUCGAACUGACCACCUCCAUUCCGGACAAGAACGACAUCUAUGGUCCCGGCGAAAUCGUCUCGUCCUCUGGCUUCCGGCGCAACCCUACCAAGGACAAGACGACCAUGUGGAACCGAGACGCCGCGUCGCCGACAGAUGAGAACAUGUACGGCUCCCACCCCUUCUACAUCUCAUCCUCCCCCGGCGGGUCGUUCGGUGUCUUUCUGCUCAACUCGCACGGGAUGGACAUGGUCACUCAGGAUCGGACGAUGAAGUACAAUGUCCUAGGUGGGACGUUUGACUUCUACUUCUUGUCCGGCCCGACCCCGAUGGAUGUGAUCAGGCAGUACUCGGAGGUGGUUGGCAAGCCGGCGAGGAUGCCGUUCUGGGCGUUCGGGUUCCACAUGUGCCGAUGGGGCGGGGACUGGAAGACCCCCGAGGGCGUCAAGGGGGUGAUCCAGAAGAUGAAGGAUGCUGGCGUGCCGUUCGAAACGGUCUGGUCGGACUUGGACUACAUGGAUGGACUGAGAAAUUUUGAAGCCAAACCCGAGUGGAGAGGAGACAAGUACAAGGGCCUCGUCGAUCAGAUCCACAAGAACAAGCAGCACUAUAUCCCCAUUGUCGAUCCCGCUAUCGGGUUCAAGGGGCAGAAUGACAAGUAUCAGCCGCAGGUGUUAUGGCCUGAUUGGGCCGCAAAUGGGACGCAGCAAUGGUGGAAGGAGUCAUUCGACCAUUAUCGGGAGACUGCCAAGUACGACGGGAUCUGGCUCGAUAAGAAUGAGCCGGCAAACCCGCAGAAGGGAAGAGAUAGACCUGGCGGCAAUAUCAACCAGAAGCUCAAUUCUCCUAGAUAUACGAUCCACCAUGGUACACAGCUCUUCUGGGAUGGGACAAUCAGCCCUAGCGCCAAGCUUGCCGACGGAUUCAACCACUACCACGAGCACAACAUCUGGGGAUUUGAACAAAAUUUAGCGACACAUAAGGUCCUGCUGGAGCAGACUCCAGGUGUCCGACCCUUCAUCAUCACCCGAAGUACAUCCGCAGGUAUCGGUCGCGUCUCGGGGCACUGGCUUGGGGAUAACUUUUCAAGCUGGACAUCGAUGAAGCAGUCCAUUCAAGGUGUACUCCAGUUCCAGAUGUUCCAGAUACCCAUGGUAGGCGCCGAUGCGGGUGGAUUCUUGUGGGACUGUACGGAAGAGCUCGCGAAUAGGUGGAUGCAGCUCGCCGCCUUCACGCCGUUCUUCAGGAACCAUAAUGCCGCUGGGACGAAAGACCAAGAACCAUACCGCUGGAAGUCGGUAGCAGAAGCCACCAAGAAGGCUUUGACAGCUCGAUAUCAACUACUGCCGUACUGGGAGACGCUGUUUGCGCAGGCAAGCAAGGAUGGAACACCGCCUGUACGACCCCUUGUGUUCGAAUUUCCUGAGCCACAAUAUGCUGGUGUGGAAGAGCAGUUCCUCGUCGGGCCGAAUCUACUCAUCACGCCUGUACUGAAGGAAGGCGGGAAGUCAGUCAAGGGGUUCUUUCCCAAAGAUGGUGGUGCGUGGCGAGACUGGUUCACCCACAAGGCGCUCAAGGUCGACGACGAGAAUCAAGCCGACAUCCCCACUCCCCUCGGCAAUAUCAACGUACAUAUCCGUCCCGGAUCGAUAUUUCUCAUUCACUCGACCCCAGCCUACAGCCUCACGGACACCCGUACGUCAGAAUACGGGAUCAUCAUCUCGCUCAACGACGUAUGGGCAGCAAAGGGAACGGCAAUUCUCGAUGACGGGCUCAGUACAGAGGGCCCAGAAACAAUCGUCACUUUUGAGGUGGUGGCCGCCUCAAAGACCUUGACUAUCAAGUCAACGGGUGACUAUGCUGGAGCACCGAUGAUGACGGAGGUGACGGUACUGGGUGCGGGAGAGGGGGACGAGGAGAAGGUGAUUACUGGCAAGCUGGACUUGAGCAGGGGCGGGAGCGUCGUAUGGUAA